AUGUUGGAACGUAACUGUAAGAAGGUAACCGUUUACGACUACCUAGGUCGGCCAGACACCUUCCCCGUCGUUCGGUGCUACCUAAAGUGUCCCUACUAUGAAGGCUGGGCUGAUGCCAUCCGUGCACCUAUCAAGUUUGCAACCGCUAUGAUUGGUGACAUUCCCGGGGCCCAUAAGCCUGACGACCCUGAGACCUGCCCCUCCCUCGGCGCAGUGCGCGCCAAGGCUACUGCCGGACUGCCCGAUGUAGCCCGGAAUGGAGCGUCCUACAAGUUCUCCUGGACGAAUGGACUCCUGUAUAGAGACUGUGUCGCUUCUAGCCGGCCCGGCAAGGUCGGGACUCGGACGUUGGUGCUCCCUUCUGACUGCCGUCAAAUCGUGCUACAAGUGGCCCACGAGAGUCCCCUCGCCGGUCACUUCUCUCAUCGGAAGACGGAAUCGAAAGUGAGCGAUAAUUUCUUCUGGCCUGGCAUGUGGGCCGAUAUCCGUGACUACUGUCGGUCCUACGACAUAUGCCAGCGGUUCCCUGAAGCCAUUCCACUCAAGGAUGUGGACUCUGUUUCUGUUGCUGAGGCUCUUCUGUCUUUAUUUUCCAGGGUCGGAAUUCCCCGGGAAAUCCUGAGCGACAGAGUUCACCACACCGUUUCAUCCGAGUGGGAAAUGCCCAGCGACCGCACCGGCUUGUCGGCCUUCGAUCUCCUCUACGGGCGCACUGUGCGAGGGCCCUUGACUGUACUGAAGGACUUAUGGGAAGACCGUGACCUGCAGGAGGAAGAACGAACGAGUCUGCAAUACGUCAUCGAGCUCAGGGAGAAACUGACCGAAUGUGCUCAGCUCGCCGCCCGGGAGGCUGACGUAAGUACUGCAAAGUACAAGUCUUAUUUUGACCUGCGAUCUCAAGAUAGACAAUUCAAGCCUGGCGACGAGGUCCUAGUUCUUCUCCCUGACUCUACCAAGAAGUUCCUCGUUUCCUGGCGUGGCCCAUUCAAAGUGUUGGAACGACGAAACAAGGUGGACUACCUGGUUGAUGACCCGAGGGGGCCUAAGCUGUACCACGCCAACCUCCUAAAAAGGUACCAUCGCCGCGCUCAAGUAAACUUCGCGUAUGUCAAGGACGAUACUUCAGCGCCGGAUGAUGACUGUUCACCCACAGGACCUUUGGAAGCAGAGGACCCUGACGACCUUGUUCCCCGUCCUUUGGUCUGUUCCGUUCCUGAUUCCGCCCUCAACCCGGCGCUGGACAUCAACAAGUCCCUGGAGUGGAACCAGCGCUCAUCGUUAGAAGACGUACUUUCCACCUUUAAGGACGUAUUUUCACAGACUCCAGGUUGCACCAACACCCUGCAACAUGACAUAAUUUUAACCACCACCAACAGAGUCCUCACGAAGAACUACCCUGUGCCGAUCCACCUCCGUCCUUACUUUGAGAAGGAAGUUAACAACCUCCUCCAACUAGGCAUCAUCCAGCCGUCGUCCUCUCUACACUGCUCUCCCGUGGUAAUGGUACGCAAGUCUGACGGGAGCUACCGAAUGGCCAUAGACUUCAGGCAACUUAACUCCGUUACUGUUUUUGAUGCUGAGCCCACCUGUUCCGUCGAAGGGGACUUGCACAAGUUUGCAGGAGCUACCUACUUUUCGGAGCUUGACUUGUGCAAGGCCUACUACCAGAUCCCCUUGACCGACCGUGCCAAGCCUCUCACUGCUUUUUCCACCCACCAAGGAUUGAUGGAGUUCUGUCGACUUCCCUUCGGUCUCGUCACCGCCUGCUCCACCUACAUCCGCCUCAUGAGGACUGUUCUCGCGGAUCCGCCUAACAUCUCCUUUUAUUUUGAUAACGUCUUCAUUUACUCGUCAGAUUGGCCCAGUCACCUAACAGCUCUAACAUCUGUCCUUGAGCGGCCUCGUCAUCACUGGCUGACGUCGAAACCAUCCAAGUGUCGGUUUGGCUUCCCUUCUAUCCAGUACUUGGGGUUUGUGAUUGACGUGGUGCACCUUCGCCCCAUGCGGGACAAGACUGAGGCCCUGAAGCAGAUCAGCCCUCCUACUACCAAGAAAAGUCUUCGCAGCUUCCUGGGGAUGGCUUCGUUCUACCGCUGUUUCAUCCCCAUGGCUGCCGAGCUCACGGGACCUCUCUCCGACCUUCCCCGGAAACCCCAACGUGAGCCGCUGCCGUGGACUGAAGACCUGUUAUCACGGUUCGAACAACUGAAGGACGCCUUGCCAUCGCAGCCAGUCCUACGAUUACCUAACCCCGCCUUGCCUUUUGUUCUUAGGACAGACGCCUCGAACUUCGGGUUGGGAGCUGUGCUGCUGCAUUACUACAAGGAUACCCCCCAUCCAGUCUGGUAUGCCAGUCGGAAGCUGCUUGACCGGGAAAGGAGAUACUUCCCCAUCGAACGAGAAGCCCUUGCCAUUUUGUUCGGGAUCUCCAAGUUUGACUUCUACCUCAGAGGUAAAGAGUUCAUUUUAGAAACAGACCAUAAACCUCUGGUAUAUCUCCACAAGUCCAAGUGA